GCACCAAAUAUUUUGCAUGACGACGAACUUUUUUGUGGUUUCAUCAACUAAAGUUGCCCCCAUUGAGGUUUGAAGAUUGAUUUAUCAAAAAGCUUUUUCGACAGAAAAAUAGUUGGCUGCUUGACCGAAUCGAUUAAUUUGAUUUACUGAUCAGUUAUCCACCUCAUCUAAAAAAUACCACGUUUGUUCAGCUAAUUCAAUAAGUUUGACUACAUGUGUUUUGAUCGAUUUGUGUGAUAACAGGUACGGUGGCCUGUUAGGUUAAAGCCCCUUUUUGGUCACAAAGUUGUUUUUUGCGAUUACAUGCUGACUUCAACGAUGUCAGCUGAGUUUAUAUAGUUUUAACAAGCCACGUUGUGUCGGAAUCAACGUUGUGUGGCACGUGCUCGGUCAACACUAUCAGUGCGUGAACAGGCACGCACGCACGCGCUCAUUGCUCAAGGAAGCAGACAGGAGACGGUCCCGCCGGGGAGAACCGGAGAGACAGCGGCGAGAUGGAGUUCGAGGAGUCCGGUAUCGGGGAAGAGUGCGGGGUUUUCGGCUGCGUGGCUGCCGGAGAGUGGCCCACACAGCUGGAGGUGGCUCAAGUCCUGACUCUGGGACUUGUGGCGUUACAGCACAGGGGUCAGGAAAGUGCUGGGAUUGUCACAAGUAAUGGAGCCAGUCCACCAACAUAUGCAAGCCACAAGGGGAUGGGAUUAGUGAGCACUGCUUUCUCACCCGAGGGUCUUCUGAAGCUGCGCCAUGGUAACCUUGGUAUUUGUCACACACGCUAUUCAACUACUGGGAUCUCGGAGCUGCAGAACUGCCAGCCCUUUGUGGUGGAUACACUUCAUGGCAAGAUUGCUGUAGCACACAAUGGAGAGUUAGUCAAUGCUCAUGCCUUGCGGAAAAAGGUAAUGCGCCAUGGUGUAGGCCUGUCCACUAGCUCAGACAGUGAACUCAUCACCCAGCUGCUGGCAUUUACUCCACCUAUGGAGGAGAUAGAUGCACCAGACUGGGUUGCCAGAAUUAAAAAUCUGAUGACCGAGACCCCUACAUCGUACUCUCUGUUGGUGAUGUUCAAGGAUGUUGUCUAUGCUGUGCGUGACCCUUAUGGGAAUCGACCCCUCUGCAUCGGACGUGUUGUUCCCAUCUCUAAACUGCACAGUUCAGGUGCUGGAGAGGAGGACACUGAGGGCUGGGUUGUGUCAUCAGAGUCCUGCAGCUUCCAGUCUAUUGGUGCCAAGUAUUACAGGGAGGUCCUACCAGGAGAGAUAGUCCAGAUAUCAAAACAUGGCGUCAAGUCUCUGAGUGUUGUCCCUCGCCCUGAGGGAGACCUCCCCGCCUUCUGCAUAUUCGAAUAUGUUUACUUUGCCAGACCGGAUUCUAUUUUUGAAGGACAGAUGGUCUAUACUGUCAGGCAGCGCUGUGGUCGGCAGUUAGCCAUCGAGGCUCCAACAGAUGCAGACGUGGUCAGCACUGUGCCAGAGUCUGCAACCCCUGCUGCCCUGGGCUAUGCUCAGCAGUCCGGGCUGCCAUACAUAGAGGUUUUGUGUAAGAACCGCUAUGUGGGGAGAACAUUUAUUCAACCAAAUACCCGCUUAAGGCAGCUAGGAGUUGCCAAGAAGUUUGGGGCACUGACGGACAACUUUGCAGGGAAACGAGUGGUACUAAUUGAUGACUCCAUCGUCCGAGGCAACACCAUCUCCCCCAUUAUAAAACUGCUGAAGGAAGCUGGUGCAACAGAGGUCCAUAUCAGAGUUGCCUCUCCACCUAUCAGGUUUCCUUGCUACAUGGGCAUCAACAUUCCAACUAAGGAGGAGCUCAUUGCCAACAAGCCAGAGUUUCAGGACAUUGCUGGAUACAUUGGUGCUGACAGUGUUCAGUAUCUGACUGUAGAGGGGCUGGUGUCGGCUGUCCAGGAGGGAAUCGCCUCCCUCCAGGAGAAAGACACGGUGAUCAGCUCCACUAACAAGUCCAACAAGAGAGUGGGCCACUGCACUGCCUGUCUGACUGGGAAAUAUCCAGUGGAGCUGGAGUGGUAACUGCUGUACCUACGCCGAGGCCAAGCAGCAACAGCACUGGAUUUACUGCAAACUCCCACAGCUGUUACAUGUUAAUCAAAAAUUGUCAGUAAACUGGAAAAGAAGUGGGCAGAUAUCUCAAUACUGCUAUCUGGGACACUAAGUGAUGUAUUGAAUACACAACUGCAGCUAUACUUCUAUAGAGGGUUUACAAUCCUGCUCAGAUCCUUAAACAGCAGUUUAAAAUGUUGCGUUUACUGACCUCCAGUGGUUGCAGUGAUGUAAUGUGUACUUGUGGGGUGUUCACUAACCCGGAGGUGACUCCAGGUGUGACAGAGCACCUUUGACCACAAAACACUUUUUUUUUUUUUUGUUGCAUUUCUUGUGAAUGUUACCAUGUAAAGGCAUUUUCAGAAAUCUUUAGUUUCACUCAUUUUCACAUUCCCAGCCUUGACAAACACAAGCAUUAGAUGGUUCGCCAUGUCAAAAAUGCGCACAAGCCUAGUGACCAAAAAGAGAAAUUGUCUUUAUUUUCUUAUCAAUUUUACUUUGACAUUUUCCUAAAAUUAACCACUCUGCUCUUUUGUUGUGGUUUUGACUGUUGGAUAUUUUGUUUUCUUAACUUUAAACAUUAAAUGCAUAUAAUGGAAAAGAAUAAAAACACAAUAAACAGGUUGACUGCACUAGAAUAAGUACUCUUAGUGGAUUUUUUUCCCCCCAGAAAAAUCAUUUUCACAUUGACAUAAAAUUUUAGUUUAAUAAUUAUCAGAUAUUACAAGACAUAGACAUUAAGCUGUAUUAACUUCAGUAAUGAUUAUGAACCACAGCUCAAAAAAUCUAAAAUACAGUUGGUCAAUAUACACAAGUAUAAAACACAGCACUCUAAACAAAUAGAUGCUUCAAUAAUACAUGGGAAAAAAAUCCAAAUAGAAACACUAACUGAAUGGUAAAAACAACCACUGACAGAUGUAAGAUGUGUCAAUGUAAUAAUAUACUGAUACAAGUCUAUCAUUCAGAUCAAUUGUAUUACAUAUUAAAUGUCUUAACAGUUGCUUUAUAGUUUAGUAAAUUAACUUCCUGAGGUCAAACUGUACCAGCUGAGUAAUAAAUGCAUGCUUUCAGUGUCA